AUGGAAAGACUUAAAGAAGAACUGCAGAAAUGGAAGGAAAGAGUUACAAAAGCUGAAAGAACAAAACAUGAACUACUUCUCUGUACAUUAAAUGCUGAUCAAGAGUGCAUUAAGGCAGAGGGGGAGCUGAUAAAACUGAAGGAAUUUCAAGAGAAACAGCAUAAGGACAUUAUUAUGUCUAGGGAUAGAGAACUCUGUGUACUAAGAGAAGAAAAUGCUGCGCUGAAGAGAGAGAUUGAAAAGCUCAGAGGAGACCUGGCAGAAUGUAGUUCAGUGCCUUUGCAGGAUGGUCAGAUUAAAAAAAAGGUAGCAGAAAUGAAACUGAAGUUCAUUCACAUGGAAGACAUGAAGGAUGAUUAUCCAGAUAUGAAUACUUACUGUAGUUUUCGUGUAACUACAAAAAUCCCAUUCAGACUGAAUCAAAACCAGGCACUGAUCACUUUUGAAGAUGAAGAAGUUGCCCAGAGACUGAUAAAAAUUGGUAAGCAUACUGUGAACCUGGACAACAAAAUAGCAAACGUGAGAGUGAAGCCUUUUACACUUGAAAUGGGAAUCAAAUUUGAGCUCCAUGUCACUAUUUCUGGAAAGAAGAUCAACGUUUCAGAAGUACCUGAGCUAUCCAUUCCUGAAGACUGGGUGAGAGACAAAUUAGAGCUGAAUUUCUACAAAUCUCAUCAGGGAGGAGGAGGAGAAGUAGAAAAUGUGAACUAUGACAAGGAGUCUAGAACAGCUGUUAUUACGUUCCUCAGAUCUGGAGCAACUGACGGCUUUCUGAGAUGUACUAAAUAUCCUUUCUUUGUAAAUGGAAGGUGUUACAGGCUUUCUGUGUCCCCAAGCACCAACAUACACUUGGAAAAGUUUCAGCUCUAUUGUGGGAUUUCUAAGAAGACCAUUCUGUUGAAAGGAAUUCAAGAGACAGAAGAUGAUGAGGAAAGUAUACAGGACAUGAUUGAAAUUCAUUUUCAAAAGCCUAGUAACAGUGGUGGGGAAAUAGAGAAAAUCAAAUAUGUAUCAAAAGGAGUAACGUGUGUUUGUUUUGAGGAGGAUACUUAG